AUGGCUACUGAAAUACUCCUUGAAGAAGAGCUCCUCUUGUACCAAGAUAAGUGCAAAAAUGAUCUUGUCAGUUCUUUAAAAGGAAUCCCUGAUGUCACUAAAGAAUUCCUCAAAAGGAUCGAUGACCUCUUCUCAAAACACAUUUCUUUCCAACUAACAUGUGAUAAACAAAAACAUCAGCUUGAAGAUAUUCGGGAAAACUGCAGCAGUCUUUCAAGAGAAGUUGAGAACAAGCUCCAGUCAUACUUGGACAUAGUGGGAAACCAGUUCACAAAACUUAAUGGGGAAAAUGCCAAAUAUACGAUAGAGAACAAACGCCUGAAAGAGGACACCACUUGGUGCAAUCAGAAUCGCAGUGCCAUGAAUCGUGAGAAUCGCAAAACUCUUGAGCUACUUCAGCUCAAGAAUGACAAAGACAGUGAAAAACUUCUGCUAGAGAAUAGAAGGCUUAAAGGAGACAACAACCUGAAAGAAAACCUUCUCUCAGUGAAAGAAAAAGAAAUUAAAAUGCUCACAAACACCAUUGAGACUCUCAAUACUUCACUUGUCAACUGUAAGCCACCAAUGCGAACUAACCCAUUCAUGAACAACUACGGUUUUCCAAACAUACCUCAUACUGGUGGAACCGGUCUGAGUUCAACAGGCCUGAGCAAACCAAACAUGCCAUGGCCCGGGACCGGCUCCACUGGGCCAGCAUUUUCCAGUCCUAAUGGUUUAGGAUCCAUCCCAAGAUGGGGCAGCACAGGAUCAGGUGUGACAGGAUCUUUAAAUACAGCUGUAGGGGCGACAGGGACCAUUUCAGGUGGACUGGGCAGCACAGGAUUUGGCCAUGCUGGAUCAAACCCUACUGCAACUGGCAAUAUAGGACAAAGUGGAGCAGGGAUGACAGCCUUCAGCAGUACAGGAUCAAGUGGAGUAGGGAUGGGAAAACCAGUGAUUGGAGGUGCAGGUGUUGGCUCAGUUGGGUCUAACACACCUGGAUUUGGAGGAACAAGAAUACCAGUUGGUGGGAGUGAAAUAAGCCAAGCACAGAUAAAUCUCCAUUUGAAGGAGCUGCAUCGUUAUUUAGUCCCAAAUAACUCAGGGAAGUGAACAAAGUCCUGGCACAACCCCAGGCAAAAACCUAGCCAGAACUGUCUAUAACAGUUUGAAAAGAGAAAACCUAAUAUACUGACCCUGUAAGUCUGUAAUGUAAUUAAUACUAAUUAUUAACAUGAAUGUUAUUUACAUUUUGUGGGAUGAAGCUGAUAAUGUCUUUUGUGCAUUAAAAUCAUUUAUGCUUGUAUAUAUCUUAUAAAUAUAUAUGUAUCUUGUAUAAAUCAUUCACUACAAUUGUCUUUCUUAGUAUUUUUGUAGACUUUUUGGUAUUUGGUCUCUCGCUACAUGGAAUAAAAAUAAAUAAAUAAAUGAAAAAUAA